GGAGAGAGAGAUAGAGAGAGGGUGGCGAGGGCGGCUUUUCUUUUGCUUUCUUUUCCUUUUAAAAAAGUUAACAUCUUUAGUCUCUCUCUCCGUUCAUAUUUAAAACCCUCUCUCUUCCUCUUCCAUUCUGUUUUCUGCUGCUCUUUCUUUCAUUCUCAUCUCCAAAAAUAUCCACUUGGAGUCUUCAGCAGAUGAUCGAGCGAGCUCUGACCGAUCGAAGAAUCUGAUAAUUAAAGCUCUCCUUUUUGACCAUUAAUUCCUACUUGAUGAUCUUUUGUUUGUCCUAAGAGUUUUAAUGUUGAAGCUUCCACUGUUUCAUGAUCGAGUUGCGAGGAUUGGUUUCAUCUGGAGGUUCAGUCAGUGAAGAUGACGAGGGUAAGCCGGGAUUUUGGAAAUACCAUGCAGAGGGACGCGGUUCCGUCGGUAUCGGCCGAUGUGAGCUUUGUCUCAAAUCGAUUUCCACAUUAUAGAAUAGGAGCCAACAAUAAGAUUAUGGAACCGAAGGAGGGUCCAGAGGUGCCGUCCAUGAAAGAUAUUGUUGCACGGGAGACCGCAAAGCUAAUAGAACAGAAAAAGCGUCUCUCAGUUCGGGACCUUGCCAGUAAAUUUGAGAAGGGUCUGGCUGCUGCUGCUAAGUUGUCUGAGGAGGCUAGAUUUAAAGAUGCGGCUUCACUUGAGAGACAUGUCCUUUUGAAGAAGCUCAGAGAUGCUUUGGAAUCUUUGAGAGGCCGUGUGGCUGGUAGAAACAAGGAUGAUGUAGAGGAGGCAAUUGCCAUGGUGGAAGCGUUAGCAGUACAGUUGACUAAAAGUGAAGGAGAUCUAAUUCAUGAAAAGUCAGAAGUGAAAAAGUUGGCAAAUAUUCUCAAGCAGGCUUCUGAAGAUGCUAGAAAAUUGGUUGAUGAGGAAAGGUCUUUUGCACGUGCUGAGAUUGAGAAUGCUAGAGCAGCAGUGCAGAGAGUUGAAGAAGCUCUGAAGGAACAAGAACGAAUUGCCCAAACUUCUGGAAAGCAGGAAAUGGAAGAUUUAAGGAAGGAGGUUCAAGAGGCUAGAAGAAUUAAGAUGCUACAUCAACCAAGCAAGGUAAUGGACAUGGAACAUGAACUUCGAGCAUUACGAACUCAGCUUGCAGAGAAGUCUAUGCACUCUCUUCAGCUUCAGAAAGAGCUGGCAAUGAUCAAGAAGCUUCAGGAAAACAAAUCCCGGUUGUAUGUGAUAGAUGGUUCUGAAACCUUAGGUUCAUAUUUACGGAUCACCUCUUGUGUGGAUAAAGCUCCAGAUAUUUUGAAAUGUUCUAUCCAGUGGUACCGUGUAUUGCCUGAUGGUGGAAAGAAGGAACUAAUUUCUGGGGCCACUAAACCAUUCUAUGCUCCAGAGCCUUUUGAUGUUGGGCGGAUCUUACAAGCUGAUAUUGUUUCAGAUGACCAAACAGUCUCGGUGACAACUGCUGGUCCCAUUGAUCCUGCUGCAGGAUUGGGAAGCUAUGUUGAAGCACUUGUCAGGAAACCUGAAACUGAAUUCAAUGUAGUUAUUACCCAGAUGAAUGGACAAGAUCAUCCAUCGAAUGUUGUUCACACAUUUCAUGUGGGAAAGAUGAGGAUAAAGCUCUGUAAAGGAAGAUUUACGAAGGCUAAAGAAAACUACUCCAAUUCAAUGCAGUUAUGUGGAGUUAGAGGGGCUGGUAAUGCGGCACCACAGGCAUUGUUUUGGCAUGUAAAGAAAGGACAAUCCUUGGUAUUAGCUUUUGAAUCAGAGCGAGAAAGGAAUGCAGCCAUUAUGCUUGCCAGAAGAUUUGCUUUUGACUGUAAUAUUAUGCUUGCUGGACCCGGUGAUCGAACGCCUUUGGGGAACUAACUUGGUUUGCUUCUCUUUCCUUGAAUGUAAAGUAUUACUAGUAUAACUUCCGGAAUAUGUGUAUUUGUUUGUUUGUAACAAUUAAAAGAAAGAAUUGGUGUGUUGUAUUAUUUGUAAGCUGGGCUUCCUCCAUUCUGGUUGCAUCCUAACAUCAAAGGCAUCCUUUUUUAUUUGCCUUUUUAUUUGGUUGUAACAAUUUUUCCACUUUAUGUUUACGAUUCAUGUGCAGCUAUUAAUUAAACUAUUGGCUUUGGGUGA